GACACUGGUAGAACACGUGACGCGGGGAGCUCACACGUCACGGUUCUGACGCGUGCUGCGGGGAGGUCACGUGACGCGGGAGGAAGCGCGUGAGCCGGGCGGACGCACGUGACCCCCGGUGCAGCACGUGACCCGGUGUCACCGCGCGUCCCUCCCUCUCCGGGCCAUGGCGGGCGCGGUGGCGGCCGCGGGCUCGGCCGAGCAGUUCCAGCAGCUGCUGCAGCGGCCCGACAGGUCCCUGGUGGUGGUGCAUUUCUGGGCGCCGUGGGCUCCGCAGUGCGCGCAGAUGAACGAGGUGAUGGCAGCGCUGGCACGGGAGCACAGCCAGGUCACCUUUGUGCAGCUGGAAGCUGAGGCUGUGCCUGAAGUGUCUGAAAAAUAUGGAAUUAGUUCUGUUCCAACAUUCUUGUUCUUUAAGGACUCUCAGAAGGUGGACAGGCUGGACGGGGCGCACGCGCCCGAGCUGACGCAGAAGGUGCAGCGGCACAUGGGCAGCGCCCCCGCGCCCGGCGCUGCCGGCUGCGCCCAGGAGCAGCUGCACGCCCGCCUCAGGAGGCUCGUCAGCGCUGCCCCCUGCAUGCUCUUCAUGAAGGGCUCUCCCAAGGAGCCCCGCUGUGGCUUCAGCAAGCAGAUGGUGGAGAUCCUGAGCAAGCACGGCGUGGCCUUCAGCAGCUUUGACAUUUUCUCAGAUGAAGAAGUUCGGCAGGGACUCAAAUCCUUCUCCAACUGGCCCACCUACCCCCAGCUCUACGUGGGGGGGGAGCUCAUCGGGGGCCUGGACAUCAUCAAGGAAUUGGAGGCCUCAGGAGAGCUGGACACAAUCUGCCCCAAGGCCCAGAAGCUGGAGGACAGGCUUAAAUCCUUGAUAAACAAAGCUCCUGUGAUGCUCUUUAUGAAGGGAAACAAACAGAUGGCAAAAUGUGGCUUCAGCAAGCAAAUCCUAGAAAUCAUGAAUAACACUGGUGUGGAUUAUGAGACCUUUGACAUCCUGGAGGAUGAGGAGGUGCGCCAGGGGCUGAAAUCCUUCUCCAACUGGCCCACCUACCCCCAGCUCUAUGUCAGGGGGGAGCUGGUGGGGGGGCUGGACAUUGUCAAGGAGCUGAAGGAAAGUGGGGAAUUGCUGCCUGUGCUGAAAGGGGAGAAUUGAUGGGGAUGGGAAGAGAAAUCCCUGGAAAAAACUUGGAGAAACAACUUCAGCCCAGGGGAGCAGCAGGAGGGAAAAGAGACAGGAAAUAAAUAGAAAUAUUCUCUGUAUUUCAGCUGUAUGAAAAGGGGUCUCACUGGAGAUGCAAAAAGGUCAAUUAAAAUUCAGAGCUCCAGGA